AAUUGGUGCGUCCUAGAUAUACAACCUCCUCCUACCGGUGGUGACAACAUACUCUAACUUAUAAGUUUAGCUGGUCGCACUGGCGUUCAAAAGGUGUCAGAAUGGAGGCAGAGUGUGUCAAAGUGGAAGAUGGGAGGUGUUUGACCCAGCUGAGGUUUGAAGCUGCCGUGAAAGUGAUUAGGAGUUUAUCCCCGGAUGGCCCCUUUCAGCCAUCCAAUGAGAUGAUGCUCAACUUCUACAGUUACUACAAACAAGCAACUCUGGGACCGUGCAAUACACAACGACCUCACUUCUGGGAUGCAGUUGGCAGAGCAAAAUGGGAUGCAUGGCAUUCUCUUGGUGAUAUGCCAAAAGAAGAAGCAAUGGAAGCUUAUGUUGAUGAAAUGAAACUGAUUCUGGAGGGCAUGCCUGUGACAGAGGAGGUGGAGAACUUCUUGCGCGUUCUUGGCCCAUUCUAUGAGAUGGUUGAGGACAAGAAAAGGAUCACGCAGAUUUCAGACCUCAGCACAGGACUUGAUAUAACGCUGAAUUCAGUGCCAUCAAAAAGUGCCGCAAAGAGCAUUAUCAGAAAACUGGAAAUGAAUGGUACUCUGCAGUCUACUCCUGCCAGGCUCAAAUCAGAGGAAAUGAGGGGAAGCUCAGGGGAAGACGCACAAGACGAGGGUGAUGACGAAGAGGAGGAGGAGGAGGAGGAGGAGGAAGUAGUGACAAGAGAGAAAAGAAAAGCUAAUGGUUCUUCACAGCUCCGUCGUACCAGAGUCACCCAUCUGAACAACUGGAGUCAUUCUGGGGAUGACCUGAACAGUGACGACUCCCAGGAGGAUUCAGCCAGCAAGCUUAUGUACAACGGUCACCAUGAAGAUCCCAGUGUAGAUGUGUCUGGUCAGGUUAACUUAGCCAGUGAUUCAGACAGCGAAAUCUUCUGCGAUUCUGUGGACCAGUUUGGCCAGGAAGAGAGCUCAGAGGGCAACCGUUGUCAUGAAGAGAAGGGUGAAGAUUACAAUGUCAUGCAACAUGUGGAGGAGAUGCAGGAGGAUGUUCAAGAUCCCACAGAAGUUGUCUGGUGUGUGGAAGAUGGAGAAAACAGACACACAGUAUCACAGAGAGAGCUGAAGGAUGCAGAUGCGCUAUACAACAUCACUCUCAAAAGAGCAUGGGCCUCCAGGGCUUCAGGCGACUGUCCUGGAUCUGUGAUGCCUGUCCGCAGGGGUGGAGAUGAGAAUGGGAGCAGCAGCAGCGGCGGCACAGAAACACCUGCAGAGGGCCUGAAUGACCAGAUAGUUGUGGUGCUGGCCAGACUGCAGGAGGACAUGCAGAGUGUUCUGGAGAGACUGAACAACCUGGAGACUCUAACUGCUAGUCAGACAAGAUCAGUGACUCUACCUCCUGCUCAUAGAUCACACCUACUGAAUAAGAAGAGUCAGAAACCAUCCAGGUGGCCUUUUGACAUUUCUCUAAUAGGUUGGGCCAUUGCUUUGUCAUGGCCAUUUGUGCUACAGUGGCUUAUCUACCAGUACGUGCAGAGGAAACGGCACAGGAACUGAGCCUUCUUACACUCGAACGCCCACAGACACAGAUGAGUCCUCUAAGUCUCUGAUUGGGUUGUUAACGGCUGUAUGUCCCCCCCUGCCUAGACCCACAACCCAAUAAUUUGCUUUUGCACUAACGAAGAAGGCACCUACACUAUAAUAAGUGAGAUGAAGAAAUCUCUCAAAUGUGUUGUACUCUGGGUGAGAAAUGAUUUAUCAGAAACAUGAUUGUACACAGCCUGCUGCCACUGUAUUAGAAUUUUUUUUUUCUUGUAAGAAAUUGCUUGUGUUGCGGGACAUUUUCUGUUGGGGAUAUUGUCUGAGUUUAUGGACCUACUCUAACUUCUCAUUUACUUUCAUAAAGAGAUUUUGUUGCACAUAUAAUGGGCCUGAUACUUUCACUUUAGCUUGAUGUGUUAUCCAAAACUUUAAUAGUUCACUUUCAUUAGUUUCCCAGGCAAUGCUGCUAUAGUAAGAUGUAACAACUGUAGUUUAGAAGGGAGGAUUGAAAAUAAUAUAUUUGUGAAAUUCUUGUUAAUUCUGAAAAUUAGUUAAUAUUUAUUGAUUUUACAGACAGAAGAAAGGCAUUGCUGUUCAGAUUCCAGCUGUUUGAGUGAGAUUUAAUUGAGUGCUAAAUGUUGUCAGGGUUAGACGAGGCCCCUCUGCUACAGCACAUCAGCUUUAUGUCAAGGUGGGCCUUAGUCUCCAGUUUUCCAAAUAGUGCCUCGACAGCUUAAGGUACAUUCAUACUCCAGUUUGACUUCAUACAUUAACUUACUGUAGCUAAACCGGUCCAUCACUCAAACAUUACCAUGUCAUGUUUUAUGUUGUUUAUACGAAUAUUGUAGAAAGAUUUUGAUUGUGUAAUUUCGAUUUGUUUGCAAUGCUGCGAUCCAUACUACUUGUAUACAUUAGCUGUACAGUUCAGAUGAUCAAAAUGCAAUAUUUUAAUUGCAUUUCAUUAAUAUAGAAUGAUAUUUACACAGGUUUGCUUCUUUAAUAGCACCAAUCUUUUGAGAGCAUUAUGUUUUAAUAAAAAAAAGUAAUAGUUUACCUUUCUACUGACAUGUACUACUGUUUUCAGACCCCCUCUGCCUGUGGUUAGAGCGGUGUUUGCCUGUUAUAAUCUAAAACUGCAGUUUUCAUAAAUAAUGUUAAUUUGUCUAGAAUGUUUCAAAUAAAUUGUUAACUGACA